CAGGAAUACGAGACGGUUGUUUGACUGGUGACCACAACAAAGGUUCAACUUCAGCGGAUUAUCAUCAUGCUGGUGUUCAAACCUGCGACGGUGGCGGUUGCUGUCGCCGUAGUCUCUGCAUCCAUUGCAUAUGUGCUGUGGAAGCAACGUCAGCAGGAACAAGGAACUUCACCCAAGCAGUCGGCUCGCAAAGAGUCCAGUGGAUGCUGUGGCAAGGAUAGCGCUACGACCACAGGUUGCUGCCAAAGCAGCACAAACGACGAUAAUGUCGAAGCCGAAGAACACGCCAAACCAGUGGCUGUUCGCAUCUUGUACGGGACGCAUACGGGCACGGCCAAAGGAUUUGCCACGACAUUGCAGCAGAAAUUGUUUGCCCUUAACGUGGCCGGGUAUGCAUUUGAGCCAUCAGUGGUGGACAUGAAAGACUACGACCAAGACAACUUGGAGCACGAGCACGUGCUGAUUUCAAUCUUGUCGACGUGGACAGGUGGCGUGCCGCCCGAGUCGGCGCUAGUCUUUUGCAACUGGCUGCAGGACAUGGCGCAGGACUUCCGCGUGUCCAAAACCUGGCUUAAGCACGUUCAUGUGGGCGUGUAUGGAUUGGGCAAUUCCGAGUACGACGAGCACUAUGGCAAGGCGUCCAAGGCGCUGUCCAAGCAUUUGAGCUCCCUCGGGGCGUCGCGGUUGUGUCCUCGCGGGGUCGGCGACGACAACCAGGACCAGGCAGCGCAGUUUGACUCGUGGAGCGACCACUUGAUUGCAGCCUUGUGUGAGCAAUAUGGCGCGCUGCGUAGCCCAGCUGCGUCGUCGUCGUCGUCACCUUCUGUCAAGCCAAAGCAGCAACCGGCGGGGUGGAAGUCGCAAAAUGAAUUCCGCCGCCAAAAGCGAAAGGAAAAGGCGGCCGCAAACGGCGAAGACACGGAGGAAGCAAUGUGGACGGCCGAAGACCAAAUGAACGAGAUCGUGCUCGAGCUGGACCAGGGGGACGACAGCGACGAUGAAGACAACAGGCCCAAGAAACCAGACAGCGGCGUGGUGGACGUCGAGGACAUUGGCGUCGUGAUGAAGGAGUCUGAGGCCGCGGCGCUGUCCCGCGAAAUGGUCACCCCCCUGCAACGCAAAGCCCUGACCAAGGAAGGAUACAAGAUCAUCGGCACCCACAGCGCCGUCAAGCUGUGUCGGUGGACCAAACAUCAGCUGCGCGGGCGCGGCGGAUGCUACAAGCACACGUUCUACGGCAUCACGAGCUACCAGUGCAUGGAGACGACGCCGUCGCUCGCGUGUGCCAACAAGUGCGUGUUUUGCUGGCGCCACCACAAGAACCCCGUGGGGCGCGAGUGGCGGUGGAAGACGGACGACGCCAAGGAGCUGGUCGAAGGCGCGAUUUCCCGCCACCAAACCAUGAUCAAGGAGGUCAAGGGUCUGCCGGGGCUGAUCCAGAGUCGAUGGGAGGAGGCGUUCACGGUGCGCCACUGCGCCCUCAGCUUGGUCGGGGAGCCCAUCAUGUACCCGCACAUCAAUGAAUUCUGCCGGGAGCUGCACGCCCGCGAGAUCAGUUCGUUCUUGGUCACAAAUGCGCAAUUCCCAGAGAAGAUUGCGGCGUUGGAGCCCAUCACCCAGUUGUAUGUGAGCGUGGACGCAGCGACCAAGGAUUCGCUCAAGGCAAUCGACCGGCCCUUGUUCAAGGACUUUUGGGAACGUUUCCUGAGCUGUUUGACCCAGCUCAAAGCCAAGGGGCAGCGCACGGUGUAUCGCAUGACAUUGGUCAAGGAACACAACAUGAAGGAGCUGGACAACUACGUGGAGCUCAUCCACCUGGGCGAGCCCGACCUGAUUGAAAUCAAAGCAGUCACGUACUGCGGCAAAAGCGAUGCGUCCGACUUGACCAUGCAAAACGUGCCGUACCAUCAAGAAGUACGCGACUUUUGCGAGCUGCUGUGUGCCAAGCUUGGCGGCGGGUACGAACUGGCGACGGAACAUGCGCAUUCCAACUGCGUGUUGGUGGCCAAGACCAAGUUCAAGAUCGAUGGCCACUGGCACACGUGGAUUGACUACGACAAGUUCCACACCCUCAUUCAAGCGUACUACAAGGACGGCACGCCGUUCACGACCAUGGACUACAUUGCGCCGACGCCGGCGUGGGCAGUGUACAACGCCCCCGAAGCUGGAUUCGACCCGAUUGAGACGCGCUUCCGGCGUACGAAGGAAGGCAAAGUGGUGGAAAUUGAGUACACUGCCACCGAUUCGGGCUGCGGUUAAGCCAACAGACGGGACUUGUGUAUGUUGGUUGUUGGGGGCAUAAUGCGAUGGAACGUGUCGCUUUCUCUAACGUUAUGCGAAUAAUAUACCCCCGUCACGUUUACAAACA